UUGGAUGGAAAAUAGAGUACGAGCGAAAAAUGGCAGCAUUGCGAUUUGUAGUGCGAAAUAGUUGCAAUUUGAGCCAUUUUACGAGAAAUACAGCUGUCUUUUCGUCCUUCAGAGGCUACAAUCCGCCAGUCAAGUAUCCCAGCUACUUCACAGCGACAAGGAUUCUCUCGACUAGCAAAGCUCAUGAGAGCAGCGGCAAUGAGAAGAAGUCUCAAAGUGUCCUGGGCACGAGUGUCCUGGGCAAUAUUUUCAGCAAGAAGAGGGUGAAAAGAGGAGGCCAGCAUCAUCAGCAAGUGCGGACGUGUUUUCACGGUCAUGGUGUCUCGUCAGGUGAGAGAGAAGCCUUCGGAGUGGACGGACCGGAAGUCACGCCCACAGACAUGCUGAAGGCGAUGAUGUCCUACAUUUGGCCCAAAGAUGAUGCCUUCAUCAGGAAGAGAGUCGUAAUCUCAUUGGGACUCUUGGCGGGCGCGAAGGUGCUCAAUGUCGGUGUUCCUUUCCUCUUCAAGGGCGCCGUUGAUGCUCUGAAUGUUCUCAACACGGCCACACCAGCGGACACAGCACUCACCCUCACAACAUCCCUGCUAAUCGGAUAUGGUUUGGCUCGCGCUGGCGCUGCUGCCUUUAAUGAGAUGCGAAAUGCUGUCUUCGCGCGCGUGGCUCAGCACUCAAUUCGUCGAAUUGCCACGAAUGUGUUCCUGCACCUGCACAAUCUUGACCUGUCCUUUCACCUGAAUCGCCAGACUGGCGCCUUGUCCAAGACAAUCGACCGCGGAUCGCGAGGCAUCAAUUUUGUCCUCUCCGCGAUGGUGUUUAACAUCGUUCCGACCAUCUUCGAGCUGGCGCUCGUGUCCAGCAUUCUGGGCGUGAAGUGUGGCGCCGCCUUUGCCGGCAUCUCGAUGGGAUGCGUCGGUGUUUAUGCCUUCUACACACUCGCGGUGACGCAGUGGCGAACAAAGUUCCGCGUGUUCAUGAAUCAGGCGGAGAAUGAGGCGGGCAACAAGGCGAUUGACUCGCUCAUCAACUACGAAACCGUCAAGUACUUCAACAAUGAGAAGUUCGAGGCUCUUCGGUACGACGCAUCGCUGAAGAAGUAUGAGGAUGCGAGCCUGAAGACCAGCUCCAGUCUGGCGGUGCUUAAUUUCGGGCAGAAUGCCAUCUUCAGCGUGGCUCUGAGUGCAAUAAUGGUGCUGGCGGCCAAGGAGAUCGCGGCGGGAAACAUGACCGUGGGCGAUCUCGUGAUGGUGAAUGGGCUGCUCUUCCAACUCUCCAUUCCACUGGGAUUCCUGGGCAGUGUGUAUCGCGAAGUGCGCCAGGCGCUGCUCGACAUGCGCUCCAUGUUCACCCUCAUGAGCAUCGACACGAAGAUUGCCAACAAGCCCAGCGCUCCGUAUCUCUAUCUGGACCACAGCAACGCCUCCAUUGUCUUCCGGGACGUGAACUUUCAGUACGAGACGGGAAAGAUGGUGUUUGAUAAGUUGAACUUUGAAAUUCCCGCGGGGAAGAAGAUCGCCUUUGUGGGCGGCUCGGGAUCUGGGAAGUCCUCGAUGGUGCGCCUGUUGUUCCGCUUCUUCGAGCCCACGUCGGGGGAAAUCCUCAUUGGCGGACGGAACAUUCAGGAUGUGGACCUGAAGAGUCUCAGGAAGUCCAUUGCAAUCGUUCCGCAGGACUCUGUGCUGUUCCACGACACCAUCCGCCACAAUAUUCACUACGGGAACCUGAAGAAGGACCAAGAGGCUGUGGAACAUGCCGCGAAGAUGGCGGAUCUGCACGAUUCCAUCGUCCAGUGGCCCAAAGGCUAUGACACGCAAGUGGGCGAGCGAGGCCUUAAACUCUCCGGCGGCGAGAAGCAGCGCGUGGCGAUAGCGAGAGCCAUUCUGAAGAACGCUCCUAUUCUAGUCUUUGACGAGGCCACGAGCAGUCUGGAUUCCAUCACAGAACACAACAUCCUGCAAGCCCUCUCCAGAGCCACCGACGGUCGCACUAGCAUCUGCAUAGCGCAUCGCUUGUCCACCGUCAUGGACGCAGAUGAGAUCUUCGUGCUGGAGAACGGCCGAGUGGGAGAUCGCGGAUCGCACCAGGAACUGCUGAAGAAGGAUGGACUUUAUGCCAAAUUGUGGGAGACGCAGAACAUGAAAUAAACGUUUGUCCGUUAA